AUUCGAAGAAGUGGAUCUCUCUCCGCAUCCGCAUCUCCGCACUCGCCUUGCAUCGCAUCGCAUCGCAUCCGCAUAUCCGCGUCCACUUCUCUCUGCCGCGUGUGUGUGUGUUUGUGUGUUAGUGCGUCGCUCGAAGUGAACGACCAACUUUUUUAAUAUCGAGCAAAAUGCACCGAAAAUAAAUGCACGGCAGCAAAACGAAAACGAAAUCAAAUACAAUACAACGCAAUCAGUGAAAUAAAGCACCUUCUAUCAACGACUUUCAAAAACUCUCCUUAAUGGCAGACCUGUGACAAAGUGAGGAGCAAACCGAAACGCCCAGCGAAACCAAAACACAGUUACAAUUCAACAUCCAAAACUAACUGCUGAUUUAGCAAAAGCACCGCCACCACCGAGCAACCACCGAGCCACCGCAGAGCCACCACAGACGACAUGGAGCACAUAAUGAACCCGUUCAUGUCCCCGGCUUAUCUGCUGGGCCAUGGCCCACAUCCCCACCAGCAUGUGCAUUCCCACGGGCCGGGGCCACUCCCCCAGCCACAGCCCCAUGCCGCCGCCUCCCCGGCCAGCUCGCCCGGCGGAUCCAGUGGCUCCGGAUCGGGAUCGGGAUCGGGAUCCGGUUCCGGAUCGGCAUCGGGCUCCGGAUCCUCGUCAAAGCCGCGCCGCUGGGGCUCGCCGCCCAUCAACCUGGCCGGGCAGUUCAUCAACCCGGCGACGGGCAAGAAGCGGGUGCAGUGCUCCAUCUGCUUCAAGACCUUCUGCGACAAGGGCGCCCUCAAGAUCCACUUCUCGGCGGUGCACCUGCGCGAGAUGCACAAGUGCACGGUGGAGGGCUGCAACAUGGUGUUCAGCUCGCGCCGCUCGCGAAACCGCCACAGCGCCAAUCCGAAUCCCAAGCUCCACUCGCCGCACAUCCGGCGCAAGAUCUCGCCCCACGACGGUCGGACGGCCCAGCAGUUUCCGGUCUUCUCGCCGAGCACGGCCGCCGCAGCGGCCGCCGUCGCCGGACGCCUCCCGGUGGCCUUUCCCGGCCUCCUGCCCCCGCCGCCGCCGCACCACGCCCACGCCCACCAUCCGUACGUCAUGUUCGGCGGACAGGCGGGCCUGCACGGACUGGGCCUGCUGCCCAGCUGCCAGGAUGCCGACCCGGAGGCGGACCACGAGCCGGACGCCGAUACCGAGGACGAGGUGGACUUUGUGUACGUGGACAUGCAGGCCAACAGCUCCAGUCCGGCGGCCUCCAGCGAGGACCACGAGAACCACGAGGACCACGAGGACCAGGAGGACCAGGAGGAGCUGGAUCAGGAGCAGGAACAGGAGCAGGACGAGGAGAUGCACUGCAGCCUGAGCCUGGCCAGCAGCAGCAGCAGCAGCACCGCCGCCGAGGAGGAGCGGGUCGAACAGCCGCUCGACUUUAGCCUGCACAAGCGCCGCAAGUCGGAGCAGGAACAGGAUCGCGAGGCCGAUCAAAAAGAUCAUCAAGAGCGGGAGCAGGAGUCGGACAAGGAGCAGGAGCAGGAGGACAAGGAGGACAAGGAGCUGGAGCGCGAGAAGCGAUCGCCCACCGACGCCUUCUCCAUGGACCAGUUGCUGGGCAAGCGGAGGCGUCACGACAGCAGCACCACCAGCUCCGCCUGCUCAUCCGCCUGCUCAUCCGCCGCCACCGCCGCCACCGCCUCCACCAGCACCAGAAACAGCAGCAGCCCCAGUCACCCCGUCAUCCUGCCUCCAGCGAGCAUCAAGAUGGAGCUGGACCUGGAGGGCGACUACCUGGCCAACCGGCGUCCAGUGCUGCCCCUGCCCCUGUCCCUGCCCCUGCCCGUGCUGGACCUCGAGGAGCGGCACCACUUGCGUCUGCUCCAAACCCAGAUGUUCGCCGCCGCAGCUGCUGCCGCCGCCGUCCAGCCAACGAUGGGUUUGGGUUCGGGAUCGGGAUCGGGAUCGGGAUCGCCUUCAGCGUCGCCCGUGGACUUGGCCAAGGAUUCGCCGCCCAUGUGGAGCCUUCUGUCCGAGAUGUACCGCUCAAUGCUGCUCAAGUCGCAGCAGCAUCAGCAGCAGCAGCAGCAGCAGCAGCAGCAGCACCACCACCACCUCCACAGCGGAGGUGUGCAGCCGCACCACCCGGAACAGCUGCUCCACCUGACCCACCACCACGCGGAGCAGCACCACCUCGCCCACCACCACCACCUGGGCCAUGGCCACCAGCACCACCAGCAGUCGCCGCAGCAGCAGUCGCCGGCGGCCACGAAUGCGCCGAUUUCCGUCUAGGCUGGCAAAGAUUCUCUAGAUGAUUUCCUUAGUCAAAUUUUUUUUUUUUUUUUUUUAUCGUAUUUUAAGGAUACGUUUGGGGGGGAGGGUGCUGACGGGCAGGUACGGGGUCGUGCUAAAGCUGGACCAUUAAAUGGCUGGCACUCCUCCUCAGGCACGCCCCUGCCCCCCGCAAACCGCCCCCCUCGCCCCCUCCUGUAAACUGGAAUUGCUCCAAAACUAAGCUUUUUCUGCUCGUACGUGUGUUAUAUGGAUUUUUUUUUUCUUAUGUAUAAUGUAUUAUGUAAGCCGUAGUGCGACAUCUAAGUGUAUAGUAUUCAAUCCGUUCCUCGGUGUGUGUGUGUGUGUGUGUGUGUGGUUGCCUGGGGGGUGUGUGUGUGCGAGUGUGAAUGUGAAUGUGAAUGUGAAUGGGAUCCUGGAUCGGAUCCGCAAAGUCUAUCAUCUGAAAAGCGGGCUGGGCAGUGCAGAAGUGAGAAGUGAGAAGUGAGAAUCGCUAAUCGGGGAACGAUCUGCCCCUCGAUCGGUGUACAACGAAGUAUUGAUAUUUAUAACGAAAUAUAUUAUGAAUGCAUAUAUUAAAUAGUUUUAAGACAAUUUUUUUCGUAGCCAUUAAUAAACUAUGUAUUGUAUAACUGGAUGUACUAACGGCAAGCAACUUCUAUAUUGAAACAUAUCCCUUGUGUUAAAGAGUUCCCAGUCCCGAUCCCUGAGUCCAUCAAAACGGUUGAUGGAUCGUGGGUGAACGAAAUGUUAUUGCUCCCACAAACGAAAAUUCCUCCCGACGAUUAUGUACUGUAUUUCAACAAUAUUUUAAGUUUUAUUUACAAUAAACAAAGGCAAAAUUGAAGAAAUGUGAAAUCAAA